AUGGCCACGGUCCCCAAGAGCAACAUGGGACCUACAAAGGCGGUUCCCACCCCAUUCGGCUGCAUUGGCUGUAAGCUGCCAAAGCCCGACUACCCUCCAGCUCUAAUCGUCUUCAUGUUCUGCGCAAUGGUCAUCACCAUCGUCGUAGACCUGAUCGGAAACUCCAUGGUCAUUUUGGCUGUGACCAAGAACAAGAAGCUCCGAAAUUCUGGCAACAUCUUUGUGGCUAGCCUCUCUGUGGCAGACAUGCUGGUGGCCGUCUACCCCUACCCUUUGAUGCUGUAUGCCAUGUCAGUUGGGGGCUGGGAUCUGAGUCAGCUCCAGUGUCAGAUGGUCGGGUUGCUCACAGGACUGAGUGUGGUCGGUUCCAUCUUCAACAUUACCUCCAUUGCCAUCAACCGUUACUGCUACAUCUGCCACAGCCUCCAGUACAAGAGGAUCUUCAGCCUGCGCAACACUUGGAUCUAUCUGGUCAUUACCUGGGUCAUGACUAUCCUGGCUGUCCUGCCUAACAUGUACAUUGGCACCAUUGAGUAUGACCCUCGCACCUACACCUGCGUCUUCAACUAUGUGAACAAUCCUGCCUUUACUGUGACCAUUGUCUGCAUUCACUUCGUCCUCCCUCUCAUCAUAGUCGGUUAUUGCUACACAAAAAUCUGGAUCAAAGUGCUGGCAGCCCGUGACCCAGCUGGACAGAAUCCUGACAACCAGUUUGCUGAGGUUCGAAAUUUUCUAACCAUGUUUGUGAUCUUCCUCCUUUUUGCAGUGUGCUGGUGCCCUGUCAAUGUGCUCACUGUGUUGGUGGCUGUCAUUCCAAAGGAAAUGGCAGGCAAGAUCCCCAACUGGCUUUAUCUUGCAGCCUACUGCAUAGCCUACUUCAACAGCUGCCUGAACGCCAUCAUCUACGGCAUCCUCAAUGAGAGUUUCCGAAGAGAAUACUGGACCAUCUUCCAUGCUAUGAGGCACCCUAUCCUGUUCAUCUCUCACCUCAUCAGUGAUAUUCGGGAGACUUGGGAGACCCGAGCUCUCACUCGUGCCCGUGUCCGUGCUCGUGCCCGUGAUCAAGUCCAAGAGCGAGAGCGUGCUCCUGCCUGUCUCGCUGUGGAGGGAACGUCGAGGAAUGUCCGGAAUGUUCCACUGCCUGGUGAUGCAGCAGCAUCCCACUCUGUCCGUCCCAAGCCCCAAACCAGGUCUACUUCUGUCUAUCGCAAACCUGCCUCUAUCCACCAUAAGUCCAUUUCUGGCCACCCCAAGUCGGCCUCUGUGUACCCUAAGCCAGCCUCCUCUGGCCGUUGCAAGCCUGCCUCUGUCCAUUUCAAACCCGCCUCUGUUCAUUUCAAGGGUGACUCUGUCCAUUACAGGGCUGCUUCCAAACUUGUCACCAGUCAUCGCAUCUCUGCUGGCCCUUCCACCAGUCACUCUGCAUCCAAGGCUGGCUACAUUAAAUCUGGUACCAGCCACCCUGCGACCACCACCACUGUUGACUAUCUCGAGCCUGCCACCACCAGCCACUCUGUGCUCACUGCUGUUGACCUCCCUGAGGUCUCAGCCUCCCAUUGCCUUGAGAUGACCACCACUGGCCACCCCAAACCCGACAUUCCUGCCUCCAUCCUUCCCACUGUACCCCUUGAGCUUGCUGCCAGCCCUCCUGAUACCACUGUAAUCCCCAUUGCCACUGGUGAUUACCGCAAGGUUGUGCUUAUUGGUGAUGAUUCUGAUGAUCCUGAUUGUUCUGAUGAGAUGGCUGUCUGA